AUGAAGAAACUGCCAAUAUUAAUCGCCUUGAUCGGAUGCGUUCUUUCUGAAGAAAUAGAGGAUCGCAUUGUCGGCGGAACGGCAGUCGAUAUAAGAGGUUUUCCUUGGCAGGUAUCAAUUCAAACCGAAAAUCGUCAUUUUUGUGGUGGUUCUAUUAUCGAGAAAAGCUGGAUAUUAACUGCCGCACAUUGUGUACACCGGUAUGAAGAUGUCGAACUAGACGACUUCCUUAAAAUUCGUUAUGGAACUAACAACUGGCAAUUCGGCAGCGUUAAUAUAGUAGAAAAAGUAUUUGUUCAUCCAGAUUACAACCGAACGACUCUAGACUGUGACGCGGCCCUUCUUAAGCUGAAAACCCCAAUUACCUUCUCAAAUAGCGUUCACAAAAUAACUUUGGCCAAAGAAGGUCAAGAUCCUGCACCUUAUUCACCUGCGAUUGUUACCGGCUGGGGCGUUACAUCGGAAGAUGCUGCUAGUGUUUCACAGCUUUUACAAGGAGCUGUAGUUCCAAUCGUAAACAGGCAUGAAUGCAAAAAUGCAGACCCUGAAUUUUUCUCUGAUGUAAAUCAAAAUAUGAUCUGUGCUGGAUAUAUUGAUGGAGGUAUUGAUGCCUGUCAAGGUGAUAGUGGUGGUCCAAUGAUCAACAUGAAUAAUAAACUAAUAGGAAUUGUUUCAUGGGGAUAUGGAUGUGCAAGGGAAAAUGCUCCUGGGGUAUAUGCCAGAGUUUCAGCAUCAUCAAUCAGAAAAUUUAUAAAAAACGUGGCUGGCGUAUAA